GCGGAAGCGGCGGCGGCGCGGCCGGGGCAGCCAUGUCGCCAUUGUCUGCGGCGCGGGCGGCCCUGCGGGUCUACGCGGCAGGCGCCGCGGUGAUCCUGGCGCAGCUGCUGCGGCGCUGCCGCGGGGGCUUCGUGGAGCCAGCAGGUCCCCACGCGUGAGCAGCCGUCCAGCAGGCAGGCUCCGGUGGAGAAGCAAUGGAGAAUAAAAGCCUGGAGAGCUCCCAGACAGACCUGAAGCUGGUGGCCCACCCCCGCGCCAAGAGCAAGGUGUGGAAGUAUUUCGGCUUCGACACCAACGCCGAGGGAUGCAUCCUGCAGUGGAAGAAAAUCUACUGCCGCAUCUGCAUGGCCCAGAUUGCCUACUCCGGAAACACCUCCAACCUGUCCUACCACCUGGAGAAGAACCACCCCGAGGAAUUCUGCGAGUUCGUCAAGAGCAACACGGAGCAGAUGCGUGAGGCCUUUGCCACCGCCUUCUCCAAGCUGAAGCCCGAGUCGUCCCAGCAGCCCGGGCAGGACGCGCUGGCCGUCAAGGCCGGCCACGGCUAUGACAGCAAGAAGCAGCAGGAACUGACGGCCGCCGUGCUGGGCCUCAUCUGCGAGGGGCUGUACCCGGCCUCCAUCGUGGAUGAGCCCACCUUCAAGGUGCUGCUGAAGACGGCCGACCCCCGGUACGAGCUGCCCAGCCGGAAGUACAUCUCCACCAAGGCCAUCCCUGAGAAGUACGGGGCCGUCCGGGAGGUGAUCCUGAAGGAGCUGGCCGAGACCACCUGGUGUGGCAUCUCCACCGACAUGUGGAGGAGUGAGAACCAGAACCGCGCCUACGUCACGCUGGCCGCUCACUUCCUGGGCCUGGGCGUCCCCAACUGCCUGUCCGUGGGCUCCCGCUGCCUGAAGACCUUCGAGGUGCCCGAAGAGAACACAGCGGAGACCAUUACGCGGGUGCUCUAUGAGGUCUUCAUCGAGUGGGGCAUCAGUGCCAAGGUCUUCGGGGCCACCACCAACUACGGCAAGGACAUCGUGAAGGCGUGCUCCCUGCUGGACAUCGCCGUGCACAUGCCCUGCCUGGGCCACACCUUCAAUGCCGGCAUCCAGCAGGCCUUCCAGCUCCCGAAGCUGGGGGCACUGCUGUCGCGCUGUCGCAAACUGGUGGAAUACUUCCAGCAGUCUGCCGUGGCCAUGUACAUGCUCUAUGAGAAGCAGAAGCAGCAGAACGUGGCCCACUGCAUGCUGGUGAGCAACCGCGUCUCCUGGUGGGGGAGCACGCUGGCCAUGCUGCAGCGCCUCAAGGAGCAGCAGUUCGUCAUCGCCGGGGUCCUGGUGGAGGACAGCAACAACCACCACCUCAUGCUGGAGGCCAGCGAGUGGGCCACCAUCGAGGGGCUGGUCGAGCUCCUGCAGCCCUUCAAGCAGGUGGCCGAGAUGCUGUCGGCCUCCAAGUACCCCACCAUCAGCAUGGUGAAGCCGCUGCUGCACAUGCUCCUCAACACCACGCUCAACAUCAAGGAGACUGACUCCAAGGAGCUCAGCAUGGCCAAGGAGGUCAUCGCCAAGGAGCUUUCCAAGACCUACCAGGAGACGCCUGAGAUUGACAUGUUUCUCAACGUCGCCACCUUCCUGGACCCCCGCUACAAGAGGCUGCCCUUCCUCUCUGCCUUCGAGCGGCAGCAGGUGGAGAACCGCGUGGUGGAAGAGGCCAAGGGCCUGCUGGACAAGGUCAAAGACGGCGGCUACCGGCCGGCCGAGGACAAGAUCUUCCCGGUGCCUGAGGAGCCUCCCGUAAAGAAGCUCAUGCGGACGUCCACGCCUCCGCCCACCAGCGUCAUCAACAACAUGCUGGCCGAGAUCUUCUGCCAGACAGGCGGCGUGGAGGACCAGGAAGAGUGGCAUGCCCAGGUGGUGGAGGAGCUGAGCAACUUCAAGUCCCAGAAGGUGCUUGGCCUCAACGAAGACCCCCUCAAGUGGUGGUCAGACCGCCUGGCCCUCUUCCCCCUGCUGCCCAAGGUGCUGCAGAAGUACUGGUGCGUGACGGCCACGCGCGUCGCGCCUGAGCGUCUCUUCGGUUCUGCCGCCAACGUGGUCAGCGCCAAGAGGAACCGGCUGGCUCCCGCACACGUGGACGAGCAGGUGUUUCUGUAUGAGAACGCCCGGAGUGGGGCGGAGGCGGAACCCGAGGACCAGGACGAGGGGGAGUGGGGCCUGGACCAGGAGCAGGUGUUCUCCUUGGGGGAUGGCGUCAGCGGCGGUUUCUUUGGCAUCAGGGACAGCAGCUUCCUGUAGCGAGGAAGCCUGUUGUCUUACAAGUCAUCCCCGCAGCAGCCCAUUGGAUGCUUUGCUGUAAAUACUUACCCAGUCAGCUUGGUUUUGAACCUCAGAGACCAUCCACUGUCUUUGACACCUAGAAGGUGGAAAAAGGAAAGAUUCGAGAAGCGAGAGAGGGUCAGGUGCGGUGGCUCCCGUCUAUAAUCCCAGCACUUUGGGAGGCCGAGAUGGGCAGAUCAACUGAGGUCAGGAGAUCGAGACCAGCCUGGCCAACAUGGCGAAACCCCGUCUCUACUAAAAAUACAAAAAUUAGCCAGGCAUGAUGGCACGUGCCUGUAAUCCCAGCUACUCUGGAGGCUGAGGCCAGAGAAUCGCUUGAACCUGGGAGGUGGAGGUUGCAAUAAGCUGAGAUCGCUCCACUGCACUCCAGCCUGGGCGACAAGAGCGAGACUCUCUCAAAAAGAAAAAAGAAGACACAAGAGAGGUGGCUUUGAGUGGGUUUCCUUUCCUCCCCUGUUCCCCGGGCCCUGACGACUUCUGCUUGGGAAUUGCCAACUCUCAACUCCCUGCGUGCAGCAGAGCCUAGAGGAGCUGUUCCUUCCUUCACAGAUACUUAAGACUCACACCAUGUCUGAUUCAAGUUCUCCCUGGGAGGGUUUAGAAGAAACACAGGAACAUUCUGGGUGGCGUCGAAGGAGCCUUUCCCGAUCAUCAUGUGUGACUUCUGCGAGGUCCAGAUCACUGAAUUCAUGUUUACAUUCUCAUGCAAGCAGGGACCUCUUGCUUCUGGGAAAUGGGGAAGAGACCUUUUAGCCAAAAUGCCCUUCUUAAAAAGAGAGACCUUUUCUUUUUAACGUUCGGUUAAAAAUGUGACAGAUGAGUACAAAAAGGCAGGCACUUAAAAAGCAAACAAAAAGAAAAAAAAAAAAGGUGUGGAAUGUGUUGUAUUUUCGACAGGUUGCUGCCAGAGAGCCUGCUUCCUGCUCCCUGCCGAAAUUCACUUUGUGGAGUUGGUCCUUAAAACUGGGCGGUGGCCGAGCAUGGUGGCUCACGCUGAGGUCAGGAGUUCGAGACCAGCCUGGCCAACCAACAUGGUGAAACCUCGUGUCUACUAAAAAUACAAAAAACUAGCCAGGUGCGGUGGCACACGCUUGUAAUCCCAGCUACUCGGGAGGCUGAGGCGGAAGAAUCGCUUGAGCCCAGGAGGUGGAGGUUGCAGUGAGCCGAGAUCACGCCAAACAAAAGUGGGUGGCUCACGGGUCCGGAGGUUAUAUCUUCGGUGUCUCAGCCCUAAAAGUCCAGUUCCCCCGUGUGGCCAGCUUUUCCACAUAGGGUGUUUUUUAUUUGAUUAUGGGAAAAGACUCUUGAUUCUUCUCUUUUAAAGUCAAUACCAUAGGGGAAAUGAAUUUUAAAAUAUUGCCCCCGGAGGGGUUUUCCAUGGCUGGAUUCUUGCGAGUUGCUUUCAGUCAUUCAGGGAAACAGAAAGAUGUUUUCCAACAUGUAGAACUGCUUUUUAACUGGAGGAAAAAUACUUCACGAGGCUUAGCAUAUUGCUUGGAUUCUACCUGCAGUGGGUUCUCUGCCUCCGUGAAGACAAGCUGGGCUGGGGAGGACGGUGUCUAGGAGGGAUGACCCCACUCAGCUCCAGGCAAUGUUCUGCCGAGACCCCAAGAACUCUGGGUGUCAGAGGGUGAAGCAGGAGCUACCUGCAUUUCACAGCUGCUGACUUCUCAGGGCUACAAGCAACACAGAAUUUUAUCCUUAUGUCCUGAGCCGGUUUAAGUCUGUAGAAAAGGAAGCGCGGGAGAAAUCCACGUAACACUUGCUUUCUUUUUAAGGGAAGCGGUUCCGCCGCGAACUUGGAAGCCUCAGCUCCGGGUGUUCUCAGCAGAAGGGCAGCUGGAAGGGACACAGUGGGGCAGGCUUUGGGGUUGCUCUCUGUUCUGCCCCGAGGCUGGGGACGCAGGGCAGCCCACGCCUCUGUGGGCUCAAUUCUGUAGCAUUGCCAACGUUCCCUUUAUGUCUCUAACAAUCAUUUGCUUUUCGUCACUCACGUGAAAAAUGUGAACUGCUCCGGCUCUGUCUUCAUUUUUAUUUUUAAGCCAUUGUUCCCCUCCUGAAUGGUUGCCUCUUAUUUAAUGCUUUAAAGUUGGACUGUUGUUCAAUAAACCAGAGAAAUACAUUA